CAGCGGAGCACAUGUCGCGGUGUCAAUCGUAGCCACCACUAGUCUUUCUACCCUCGCCUUUUCUUUUGUUUCUUUCCAUCCCAGCUCAUUCAGUCGUGUUUUUUAUUAUUAUUUCCCUAUUGACCGCACCCCGCCGUUUGCUCGUUUGCUCGAUCGGACGGUUCUUCCACGCUGUGUGUUCUACGAUCGCGACUUUUCUCAUCACCGCUGCCCUAGCAUCGCGUUAAGGGCAAAUCUCGCUUCUCGCUCUGCUCCGGCCGCGACACGACAUAGCCGGAUGCCAUAACAGAGCAUACCGACUGACUUAGAUUCAACAAAAUCAAUUACUCUUCACCAUGUCGUCCUAUAACGGCAGCCAGUAUGCUCCGACGCUGAGCCCUACGCCCACCGUCGGUAGCUCUGAUCCGUUUGCGCGGUCAUUACUCUCCUCCUCCAUCUCCUCUCUAUCAACAUCUACUACGGCCGUGAGACAAUCGUCACAGAUUUCCAAGACGUAUCGACAAGCGUCAACACUCUUCCUGACGCGUCGCUUGCCCGAGGCGCUGAGCACAAUGCUCCCACUCAUCACUCCGCCUGGAGCCGUCGACGAUGGUGAUUUGGCUCCUGUGGCUCGUUCGUCAAGAACGACCAGAGUAAAAGUAUGGAGCCUGUAUCUGACUACACUUAACGCAAUUGUGGAGAUGGAGCCCGAUGAGGGAAAACAAGCCUUUGGCACUCAGGAAUGGCGGGCAUUGUGCGCCAAGGUGCGUGAAGGCAGUGUUUGGGAAGAAGUUGUCCGGAAUGGAUACCACGGUGUUGAGGGAGAUGUUGAUUCCGAAGUUGUCAUUAAUUUGGCUACUCUUUUGCUUGCCCACGCCAACGACCAGUCACUCAAUCAAAGAAGACUAGAAUCGUACCUGGCCACAUGUAAUGCUCCUAAUUUGGACGUCGGAAACAGAUUGGGUGGAGGAAAAUCCCCAGGCCCUCGCAUGGGUCGAUUUGCCUCUCCAGCUCCUGGUACAGGUGGAACAGAUACUCCACGAGAUCUGAAUGCCCGAGUCAAAAUACUAGAGCUAUACACACUACAUGUGCUGCUGCGCAACAAUGAGUGGGAUUACGCCCGCGAGUUCAUCAGUGUAAGCUCUGUUCUGGACGAUGAGAGACGGGAAGCAUUCCUACAGGCCCUAGAGAGCUUACAGGAAGAGCAACAAGAGAAGGAGAGACAAGAGAGAGAGGAGCGCCAACGCCAAGAAGACCAGCUUCGUCGUGAUUUAGAAGAAGCCCGACGCCUCCGCGCUGAAAAUGAAGAGCGCGAGAAGCGUCGACUUGAAGAAGAGCGAGCGAGAAGAGAGGCCAGCGAAGUGGAUUAUGGCGUUGAACAAACAAACAACAGCCCUUCAAAUCGACGGGGUCACCGCCUUACUCCUUCACAAUCUAGCACAUCCCGUCCUACUGGUCGUGGUCCAGUUGCUCCGCCUACACUUCGUGCACGAGCGAGUAUGGUAUUCUCGCGAGUACGAACGCUUAUUGAGCAGUUGGCUGCUACAUUGAAUAGCAACCCUGCGGUUGUCACCAGGUUAUUGGUCUUUAUUGUUGGAUUUUUGGUAAUGCUCGGCCACAAGGGUAUCCGACAAAGGAUUCAGAAGAUUCUCGGUGCUUCAUGGGCCAAGGUUCGAGCCACGGCAGGAAUGGGCACCAAAGUCAGCUAUAUUUAAAGCUGAGGUUAAGGUCUAUUGUAACAUAUACUAUCUCAUCGCAUGACCACUGAGGAGUUGACAACGGAUUUGGAUUAUCUUGUUUUUACUUUGUAACGAAUAUAUAUUAUCCAGGCGGAUAUCAUGACACCACUACUAUCCAUUUUGCACUUGCUUUGUAGACCGAAUCAAGAUGAAUACAAAAGUGAAGUAAGGCUCGUAUUGCUUUUAUCUAGCGGCUCUAUUUUUUCAAGUUUUUCUGUGACAACCAAAAAGCCAUCUACUUCCGCGGUUCAAAAGGAACGCCGGCAACGCCAACCAUGCAAAAUCUAGUUCUCAAUAUAACAAAAAGCAUCAUAAUCGAAUAGGGUAUUGAGUGCCACGGGUUAUGUUUCGAUAUACAAGACCCGUGGCUAAUAAUUCGGUUGUCUGUUCGUUUUCUUUUGGUAGAACAGCUAUCAGAAAGUAAAGGGUUAGCUGGUAAUGCGACAGAUAAACAUGAUUGGGAUACGUACGUCUGUCCUUGAACUGCCAAGGUUUAUAAUCUUAGGGCAUCCGUCGCGGUCUUUCUCCAAUCUUGUGCACUCGAAGCAGUAGAACGCGUCCGAGAUGCCUUCACCACCGCACACGACACACUUGUUUUGGUAGUUGCCGAAGCUGCAUUCGUCGCAGAUGCGCACGAGGGUCGUGGGUCGGACGUAUGAAUCGCAGACAGGGCAUUUACCAUCGCACUUAUCGCACAAGCGGCCGAUGGCGAUGCCAGGCUGU